AUGUUGUACCUGCUCGACUACGGCGCGGGCAACGUGCGCAGCCUCGCCAACUCCAUCACCAAGCUCGGCUUCGAGUUCAAAUGGGUGCAGUCGCCCGAAGACCUGCAGAAGGCGGACAAGCUCCUCUUCCCCGGUGUGGGUGCCUUUGGCCCUGCCAUGCAGAGCAUCCGCGACAAGGGCUACGCUGAGCCGCUCAAGCAGUACAUUGCGUCCGGCAAGCCCUACAUGGGCAUCUGCAUCGGCCUCCAGACGCUCUUUGAGGGCUCCGACGAGGCUCCCGGCGUGCCCGGCCUCGGUGUCGUGCCCGGCAUCGUCUCGAGCUUCUCGCCAUUCGAGAACGACGGCAAGGACAAGAAAUCGGUGCCCCAGAUGGGCUGGAACACGGCCAAGGUGGUCAAGACCAGAAACGACGGCGGCGACGAGGACGCGAUCAAGUACGGCUUUCCGGAUCCAAAGUCGGGCGAGCAGAGCCACUACUACUUUGUCCACUCGUACCGCGCCCAAUACCAGCCCGACAAGCACGCCGACUGGGUGCUCACCACUACCCAAUAUGGUUCCGAGGUCUUCCUCUCGUCCAUUCAGCGGGGCAAUGUCUUUGCGACCCAGUUCCACCCGGAAAAGAGCGGGCGUGCUGGUCUGGAGCUGCUGCGCGCGUGGCUGAGCCACCCGGGCACGAUUGAUGCGAGCAAGGAGCGUCUGCUGCUCGACCCUCAGCAGGUGGCUGUGCCUCAGCCGCGCGACGGCCUCACCAAGCGUAUCGUCGCGUGUCUCGAUGUGCGCAGCAACGACGACGGCGACCUCGUGGUGACCAAGGGCGAGUCGUACGAUGUGCGCGAGAAGGCGGACGCGCCUGCGUCCACCGAGGUGGUCGCCGAGGCGUCCGGAUCGUCGUCGCCCAAGCGCAAGGUGCGCAACCUGGGCAAGCCGGUGGAUCUGGCCACGCGCUACUACCUCGAGGGUGCCGACGAGGUGACCUUCCUCAACAUCACCUCGUUCCGCUCGUGCGCGCUGCAGGACCAGCCGAUGCUCAGCCUGCUCGAGGCGGCGGCGGCCAAGAUCUUUGUGCCGCUCACGAUCGGUGGUGGCAUCAAGGACUCGGUGGAUCCGGACGGUACGCCAAGGCCCGCCAAGGAGGUUGCUGAUGCCUACUUCCGCGCAGGCGCCGACAAGGUGUCGAUUGGGUCCGAGGCGGUGUAUGCGGUCGAGGAGCUGUAUGCGCGUGCGGCGCAGAAUGGCCAGCAGGGCGAAUUGGAUCCGCUCAAGUUCAGCGACGCAUGUCUGACGGGCAAGACGGGCAUCGAGACCAUCAGCAAGGGAUACGGUGCGCAGGCCGUCGUAGUGUCCAUCGACCCGCGUCGUGUCUACGUUGGCCAAGGCGAGACUGUUGCUGCGGCCCACGCAGCGUGCGUUGUCGAGGGCAUCAAGGGGUCCGAGGACGAGGGCAAGAAGUGGUGGUACAGAUGUACGGUCAAGGGUGGACGCGAGGACCGCGAUGUGGAUGUGGUCCAGCUUGCGCGCGGUGUGCAGCGGCUUGGAGCCGGUGAGGUGUUGCUCAACUCGAUCGACCGCGAUGGCAGCAACAAGGGCUUUGAUCGUCAGCUCGUCGACCUUGUGCGCAAUGCAGUCGACAUCCCGGUCAUCGCCUCGUCCGGUGCUGGCAAUGCCGACCACUUUGUCGAUGUGUUUGCCAACGCAGACGCGUCCAAGCCCCAGGGUGACGGCACUGUCGAGGCAGCGCUCGCAGCAGGCAUCUUCCACCGAAACGAAUGCUCCAUCAACGACGUCAAGACCACGCUCGCCAGCAACGGCUUCAACGUGCGCAUCGAGGCCGUCGCCCAGGGCGCAGGCGCCAUCACCACGCAGUAG